UCAGUCACACUGCAAAGGCGUUCGUCGAAACGUGGAGGUGUUUUUCCCUUCUGAAUUAAGUUUUUCAACACCCGCAUUAUGCCGGGAUUUGGGUUUGCGCACGUCUCGUGUUCCUGAAUUGUGAGUUUUCUCCUUCUCCUGAAAUACCUGUUGAAUUUAAACAUUGAUAUCGAAGUAUUCACUGUAAAACUACACGACCCACAAUUCCUUUUACCCCGCACUUGUUGCCAAGCGACGACGGAAGACGCUGUAACUGCAAGCUAACUUGUUAGCUAUUUGGAACACGGAUAUUUAGACAUUUUUGUAAACAAAGUUCUCAGUUUGACUGCGUGUCAGUCUUAAGUCUCUCGUUGCCGAGUUUUCGUCAUGACAUAAUGAAGGAAACAACGAGCCAACAGUUUUCCUCAGCGUCGCCUAGCUGCUUCCCCCCCGGGUCCCUCACUGACGCUGCUGUGGCAGAGGCUCCCAGCUGCGAAGAGCCAAAGGAAAACAGAGAGAUGGAGGUAAAGCAGGUAACCUUGUGCGAGAGGUCUGGGGAUAUAAAACAACACAGCAAGAAGAAUGGCGUUUUAACUGCUGAGGUGGUUUCCAGCUGUGUGACCCACCUUGGACGUUUGGGUACUGGGCUGCAGCACUCAUACUAUCACCUGUCUCUACCAAGUCACAAUCUCAGUGACAUCUCCAUUUUAUGCAAUUAUGUCCAUCUCCAAAAGCUGGAACUGCCACAUAACAAAAUCAAAGAUUUAUCCUGUGUGAGCUACAUGCCCUUCCUUGCCAUCCUGGAUGCCUCCCACAAUGAAAUCUCCAACUUCUUUGGAUUCCAGCCACCCAAGAACCUAAAGGAGGUCAACUUCUCCCACAACCGUAUGACAAAAAUGAAGGAUUUGUCUGCCUAUUCAUCUCUUAUUAAACUGGAUCUGGACUACAACAGCUUCAGUGAGAUCAGUGGACUUGAGCAAUGCUGCAAGCUCACUCACCUAAACCUGGCACACAACAAGAUCUCAAGGAUCAGUGGCUUGGACAGUCUGCCGCUCAAACAUCUUUGCCUUAGGGGGAACCAGCUGGCGAAGAUUGAAGGGUUGGAGAAUUUAAAGAGUCUGCAGGUUCUCGACUUGUCUCUGAACCGCAUCACCAGUCUUUCUGGCCUCCAGAACCUCCACCUAUUGGGUUCCAUAAACCUGGAGAAAAACCUGAUUAGUGAAAUUCAGGAGUGCAAGCACAUUCAUGAUCUCUUCCUGUUGAGGGACCUCAGUCUGCUUGGAAACCCUGUGCAGGAGCAACAAGACUACAGACUGUCAGUUGUUUUCCUCCUUCAACAUCUUACUGUGCUGGACCACAACAAGGUCACUGCUGAGGAGAAGGUGUCAUCAGUAAACAAAUAUGAUCCUCCUAUGGAUGUGGUGGCAGCCAGAGGUCAUAUGACCCACCUGCUGUAUCAGCUGAUGCAGCCCCAGGUGCUCUAUGACAGCAGUACUUUGCCUAGUGCAGACUCUCCCUAUCCAAUGCUGGUGCUGACAGGUCCUCAAGGCUGUGGGAAGAGAGAGCUGGCUCACAGACUGUGUCAGGAGUUCAGCGAAUACUUUGCAUAUGGAACCUGUCACACCACAAGAGGGUCCUACUUUGGAGAGGAGAAUGGAAUUGACUACCAUUUUGUCAGUGAGGAAGACUUUCAGAACAUGAUUCACAUGGGUAAGUUUAUCCAGACUGUGCAUUAUGGGGGUCACAGCUAUGGUCUGACCAGAGAUGCCAUAGAGGACGUGGCCAGAGAAGGACUGGCCUGCUGUGUGCAUAUGGAGCUGGAGGGUGUGUUAAGUCUGAAGAACAGCUACUUCGAGCCUCGAUACAUCCUUCUCAUCCCCACCCAAGUGGAGAAGUACAUAGACCACCUGAAAAGCCGAGAUCUCUACACCCCAGCACAGAUUGACAUGGCGGUGUCACGCAUAGAGCUCUACGCAAACACUAACAUGCGACGGCCAGGAUUCUUUGAUAAUGUUAUCCCCUGUGAUGACUGGGAAGAAGCCUAUCAGACACUGAGGCAGGUAGUGGAGGAGUACCUGUUGCUAGAGGAGCAGGAAGGAGAAAACAACAACAAAGCAUUCCCUGGCAACACCUCCACAGCCUCAGGUCAUGAGCCAGAGGAGAAGCCAGCCUUGCCCCUGUCGAGGUCAGGAUCAGGAACACUCACCUCACACUCUGGCACAGCUCUUGACCCCUCAGAUCCCUCCUACAGAAACUAUUUUACCAAGAUCCAGGCAGAGCUUAGCCCUCAGAAGAGCCCCGCGGAGCUAGCCUCCAUCAGGAGACGCGAGCAGCUGGUGAGAGAGGCUAUAGUGGGGAAGAGUCCAGGGGUCUACAGCCAGCUCUUCAAAAGCUCUCCUCGAACAGCACCAUCAUCACUACAGAAUCAUGAUCCUGGUAUGCAUUUUAAUGAGGACAGCAGCUCGGAUGAGUCUUGUGCCAGCUCAGCAUUGUCUGUGCCCAGUUCUGCUGGGGCCUUGUCUGGCUUAGUGGAAACGCUAGAUAUCUCUGGCCUGGGAAAAACCUCGGAAACACCAAAAGACCACCUAGCAUUAGACCAAACCCCUGACGCCCCCCACCCAGACACAAAUGAACCAGCUGUGGUCGUGUCUCCCUCUUCUGAUAGACGUCCUGGAUCCAACGUCAAACCCAUCCUGCCACCAAUCCCUACCGGACGCAAAACCCCUGCAGCACCCAGCCCGAACUCCCUCUCCAAGACCUAGCCCAAACACAUCAGUCGGAGAGGGAGGAGAUGCAAACAUGGAGCAAUAGUCGUAAAUAUAUGUGUAAAAGUAUGUAACUUAAAAUAUAAGCUCGGUUUGUUAAAUCAAAAGAGCAUCAGAUAUCUGUAACUGCAAAAGUUAACAGUCGACCACAAAACCACACAUUUGUUACUAUCUCACUACAACACCACUGUGUGAGGUGAUACACCCAAGCCAAACACUUGAGGUUAGGUUUCACUGUCAGCACUUGCCUUUUCCUGUGCUCUGUUAACCAUGCCACAACUUGUCUGGAUCUUUUACACUUAUUAUAUACAAUAUACAUGAUAAGUGAUGGCGUUAAUGACCAUAUAUAAGGUGACUGCAGUAUAAUUACAGGCAAAGUUGUGCUCCUCAUUGUAGAAUUAUUGGCUUACUGUCCUGAAGGUAUACAGUGUUGACACACAUAAUGAUUGAGGCUUACACACAGAUUGGCAAGCGUAUCUAGCACAUCUUUCAGUCAUGAUGAAUACAGUAUAGUAGUGUGUUGAAAAAAACAGUUCCCUUUAUAUUUUAACAUAUUAACAUGUACGUAUUCAUGACUAGAGGAGGUAUCUGUUCAUCUUGGAAAAGUUCACGUCUACAAACUAUGUGGUACAUGUCAUGUUUUAUGAAUGUAGCAUUAAUUUUCCUGACAGUGAAGUGGCAUUAUGCUUCCCACUGUUCAAUAAUCUCAUCAAAUAGGAUUUGCCAUUGACAUCUAGAUACUGAUCUUUUAUGUGUAGCGUAGAGCUCUUGUCGUUGGAUGAUAAAUACAUCAUUAAUCUUUAUCUCCUCUGAUGGGAUUAUUUAUUCAACUGGAAAUGCAUUCAUAUGGAAGUUGUUGACAGGUAUUAAACAGUGAGCCAUCACAAACAAGUUAAUGUGUUUUUGUCAGUUUGCGUGUGUGUGUUGCACACAGCCAUGCAUACUUGUGCAUCUGUAUGUUUGUGAAUUUGGCUAGCGUUCUUCGGCGAUUCAUAGUAAGUUGAAAUUGUCAUCUGUCAUAAAUGUGCGCAUUGCUUAUUUAACCGGUGCCUCAGCCAGUCUGCUUGCAGGUGUGUGAAUGCACACAUACAGUAUGCAGGUUCUAUUUCCUGGAUUGUAUGUGUGUAUGCAGUACUACUACUCACACAAAACACACCUGGCCAUCCAUCACUGUCUUGUCUUUCUCUCAGGCAGCAGAUGUUGCAACCCUGUCAUAAUUCUCUGGCAGUUUGAAACCAGACAGUGUCUUUAGGGCCCCUGGGGUCUAACCUAUUUAAACUGCAGUCUUCACCCCUUACUAUAGCUUAUCAUGGACUAACAUGUUGUCUUUGUGUGAAUUAACACUGGGCUGAACGUAGCUAUGUGCAUGCUAAAGGUACGCAAAAGCCCACUGAAAGUGAUGAACAUAGAUAUAAGGUUCAGAUGAGGGAAUGAGUGACUGGGAACUUUGCUUCUUGUUUGAUGUUUUAUCAUAUUCACCCCAACACUUAUACAUGCAUGUAUCUCUGCUCAUUAAUGUAUUUUUCAUGCAUCUGCAUCUGUUGCUGUGUGUUUUUGUGCCUACCUGUAUGCAGUGUUACAUGGAAUGACUACAGCAGCUACUGCAGCAUAUUAGCUCACAUAUUUUUGACUGGAUAAAACAGUAUAGAGUACAUUUCAUGGUUAUAAAUUAUUUUUGUGCCCUUUGAUGAUUGUGAUGCAACUCUUGCACGAAACACCUGCAGUAAAGUUAUACUGUAUCUGU